UGCUCUCUCUCUCUCUCUUUUUGGAUAGUACCAAACCCCACUUUAUACAUGCAUUUAUUGAGUUUUUCAGAAGAAGUAGAGAGAGAGAGAGAGAGGUAAAGAAGAUGGGUCAGAAAGGAGUUCAAAGGCCAUUGCAGAAGCUAUUUUCAUGGGUUAGAAAACAAUCAAACAAAGUGAAGACAUUUUUGGGUGUUUUCACUGUUCUUACUUUACUAGUAACUCUAAAACUCCUUAUUCAUGAACACAAUCACUUCUUCGUUUUGGCUGAAUUCGCACAUUUUGUUGGAAUUUUGGUCCUUAUUUACAAAUUGACAACACACAAGACUUGCUCAGGCCUUUCAUUGAAGACUCAACAGCUCACAGCAACGUUCUUAUUUGCAAGAUUAUUUUGUAGUCUUCAAAUCGAAGGAGAUAUUCAUACUAUACUAGACCUUGUCACUCUCGUGGCAACGUUCUGGCUUAUAUUUAUGAUGAAAUACAAGUUGAAGUCAUCCUACAUGGCAGAUUUGGAUAACAUGAAGAAAUAUAUCGUGAUAGUACCUUCUUUGGUGAUAGCUUUCUUUAUCCAUCCUCGGACGAAUAAUCUUAUUCUCAGUAUACUCUGGGCUUUUGCUGUGUAUAUAGAAGGCGUCUCCGUGCUGCCUCAGCUUCGCUUGAUGCAGAAUGUCAAGAUUAUUGAGCCAUUCACAGCCCAUUAUGUGUUCGCAUUGGGUGUUUCAAGAUUCUUCAGUUGUGCUCAUUGGAUCAUUAAGGUCUAUGAUACAUCUGGUUCAUAUCUGUCUUUGAGUGGAGGGGGCUUCUUUUGGAUACCAAUGAUCAUUUUGGCAGAAAUUGUUCAAACAUUCGUUUUGGCCGAUUUCUGUUAUUAUUAUGUCAAGAGUGUCAUGCAAGGUCAAAUGAUGGUUCGACUUCCAGCAUAAGUGUUGAACUCUAAUUAGAGACUGUAACAUAUGUUGGUGCUUGUAAUGUGCAAUCAACUUUGAGUUUUUACAACUUCUCCUUUUUAUAUGUUAUCAAAAUAAAUAAAUAAAUAAAUACUAUAAUUUUAUGGCAA